ACAAGGCAAACAUUUAGCGCUUUCUAUGCACGCCUGUAAUUUGGUCACAGAAUAUUACCACGCCUAAACUUGUGAUUUUGUAUUUACCGGUGUACCAUCCCAGAGCCAAUGAUAAUACUAAUGUGUGCCUUACUGUUUGUGAAAUUCAGCAGUCAUACUCUGAAAUUCAUUUUGUUUUGUCCGUCCAUUAUUUUAAAGCUUUUUAUUGAUAUCUAAUAACCAAACUCAUGACGACGACCAUUUUAGGUUUCGGUAAUCCUUUACUGGAUAUUUCAGUUUUUUUAAAUGACGAUUAUUUAUUAAAAAAAUACUCUCUUAAAAAAGAUGAUCAAAAAGAAAUUUGUAAAAGUGAUAUGAUUAGUUUGUACAAAGAUAUACAGGGAUUGAAACAACACUUAUCAUCCGGAGGUUGUUGUUCAAAUACAUUUAGAGUUCUCCAGUGGGUUUUGAAAAAGAAAGCAAAUUUAUUCCUAUAUGGAACUGUAGGAAAAGAUGAAGAAGCAAAUAUUUUAAGAGAUUCCCUUAAAUUGGAUGGCGUAAAUUCAAGAUUUAAUGAGCAUGAAACAAUGCCAACAGGAAAAAUUAUCGCUUUAAUCAGUGGACCUUACCGUUCUUUAGUUGCUUAUAUAGGCGCUGCUGAAUUCUUUCCAAAGAAUAUCUUAUGUUCUGAUAAAGAUUUUAUCAAUUUGUUCAAAUCUAGUGAAUUGAUUUUCAUGGAAGCCUUCUUCCUUACUAACAGAGCUGACGUUGCAAAAUAUGUGGCGGAUUUGUGUAGUAUCAAUAAAAAAAUUUUAGCAUUCAAUUUAUGUGGCGAAUAUAUUUUUAAUAUUGUUCCAAAAGAGAUACUCUAUUUAGUAAGGCACUCAGAUAUUAUUUUUGGCAAUCAACAUGAAUUUGAAGCAUUGAUGAAGCUGCUAAAUUAUGCAAGUAUAUCAAACAUGAUCUCAGAACUUUUGAAGGUCACAGAAGAUAAGUUUCAAUACAAAAGAAUUUUCAUAAUAACAAAUGGACCCAAUCCAGUAACAUGCUACUAUUCCAACGGCGAAUGUUUUAAAAUGAUGCCAUCACAUUUAAGCGAUAAGAACAUCGUAGACACUACAGGUGCAGGCGACGCAUUUAUUGGGGGCUUUUUAGCUGGUAUGUUACUGUCAAAGGAAAUUAAAGAGUGUGUGAAAAUUGGAAUUUAUGCCUCGGAAAAUAUUAUAAAAGAAAUAGGUUGCACACUUCCAAAACAUGAAGCAAAAAUUCCUUAAUUUGUAUGUUUAUGUACCGUUUCUGAAAAAUAAAAUGUUGUCAAUAAAAUUUAUUCUUAUU